AUGCAAGCUCUAAAUAAGAACACAACAAACUUUUCAAACUAUUCUAAGAUAUCUGAGUCAUUGAAAGGGGGUGACUUAAAACUGACAUUAAACCCUAUAACAGAUGAGUUUCUAUUUCAAGACAAUAAGAACAAUACUGUCUGUAUAAAUCCAACAAAAGGAACUUUAAACGAGAAACCUAUAAAUGAACUUCUUUUGAAAGCAGAUGUUAACAACAAAGCUGACAAAGAAUAUGUAGACGAUGCAAUAGCAAAAGAAGAAGAAAGAGCUAACAAUGCUUAUGCAACAAAAGAACAUACUCAUCCUGAACUAGCAGACAAAACAUAUGUUGACAAUAAAAUGUCAAGUGAAGUGACAAGAGCUGAAAACAAAUAUUCUAAAAAGACUCAUAUACAUUAUAUUAACCAAAUACCAAGUCUUAAGGAAACAUUAGAGACAAAAGCAGAUAAGACUCAUACACAUUCUAUAUCUGAUAUUACAAACUUACAAGAAACCUUAAACAGGAAAAGUGACGUUGGACAUACACAUACAUCUUCUGAAAUAACAGACUUAAACGUUAGCCUUGAAAAUAAAGCAGAUAAAACAUAUGUCAAUGAAAUAUACCAAAGUUUGAUAGGAACAAAAAAUAUUGAAACUAUUGUUGGUGACUUUUCUUUCAAUGAAGAAAAUAAAUAUUUUAGAUGGCAGUUUGUACAGUCCUUAGAAAAUGGUACACGGUAUAAACUCAUUCCGAAAAAUAACAAUGAAAUGUAUGUAAGCUAUAAAAAGAAUGAUGGUACACAAGUUAAAGUUCCAUUAGACAACAACUGCUACUUAAACUUAUAUGGAGACGAACAAAAGAAAUAUUUAAGAGUUUAUGAAAUGGCAGAUAUGACAUUGCCUGACCCAGCUCCAGCACCACAUUAUUAUGACUAUGGAGAUGACGACAGAACACCACAUGUAGAUGAACAAAAGCUAACAUUAUAUUUAGAUUAUUAUAGAUAUAAAAGAUAUAAUGCAAUAGAAAAAACGAGAAUAGUAUAUUAUUAUACAGAUGACAGAAAUAAAUAUUAUAGUCAAGACUUCACUUACCCUGAAAACAUAAGAUUAUAUUAUUAA